AGAUUUAAGAAACUAUAUUUGGUUUUAGAUUUGUCCCAUGAUCAUUAUGUCCAUCAUACAUGUUCUUCCAAGUUUUGUGAAUAUAUUAAUUAGUCCAUUAUUAACAAGAUGCACUCUGCAUAUAUAAUUAUAUAUACAAUACAAAUUCUUAAUUAAUCAAACCAAUUCAUGUUCUCCUUCACAAUAUUCAUGAUGAAGAACUUUGCAACACUAAUAUUACUUGCAUUGUUUCUUUUUAUCCUGCAAAAUGGAAACAGAAUUGAAGCAUUCCCAGAUAGGAUUAUUAGUUCUUCUUCUAUUAAUCAACCAUAUCGAACUUCUUAUCACUUUCAGCCCCCAAAAAAUUGGAUGAACGGUAUUAUCCCCCAACCAUGCUUUAUGAUUUAUGAACUAAUCUUUUUAAAUUGAACAUGCUUUAGUUUAUUUAUUUAUUUAUAGGUCUUACUUCACUGUUGUAUUCUGUUCUGUUCUGUUCUGUUCUGUUCCUCUCUUUGUUAUAAAUCAUUGAUCGUCUAAUUAUAUAUUUUCUUUAUUUCAUUUGACAUGUUUUUGUUGAAGAAAAUUUGUAAAUCAAUGCCUUCAUUCUGCAGAUCCAAAUGCACCAAUGUACUAUAAAGGUGUUUACCACCUUUUCUACCAGCAUAAUCCUUAUGCAGCAACCUUUGGAGACAGAAUUGUAUGGGCUCAUUCUGUGUCCUAUGAUCUCAUCAAUUGGAUUCAUCUAAACAAUGCUAUCGAACCGAGCAAGCCUUUCGACAUCAAUAGCUGCUGGUCAGGUUCAGCCACCAUACUCGAAGGAGGCGAAAAGCCUUUUAUUUUGUACACAGGUAUUGAUGAAAACAAACACCAAGUUCAAAACUUGGCUAUUCCAAAGAAUGCAUCAGAUCCUUUCCUAAGAGAAUGGAUCAAACUCCCUCAAAACCCUGUGAUGAAACCACCGAUUGGUGUUGAGUUGAACAAUUUUAGAGACCCUUCAACUGCUUGGCUUGGAAAUGAUGGAAAAUGGAGGGUAGUUGUUGGUGCUCAAAAUGGUGAUCAAGGGAAGGUUAUUUUGUACCAUAGUAUGGAUUUUGUUGAUUGGAAAGUGGAUUCUAGGCCGUUUUUCGCGACGGAUAACACCGGAGUUUGCGAGUGUCCGGACUUCUUUCCGGUGUUGAUCAAAGGUGAAAAUGGAGUAGAUACAUCUUUUGAUCAUCAAGAUCCUAAUUUUGUUAGGCAUGUAAUGAAGAUAAGUUAUCUUAGUAGGUUACAUGACUAUUAUUUUCUUGGAAACUAUAAUGUCUUUGGUGACAACGAAAAUUUUGUUCCUGAUGUUAAAUUCACAGGAACAAGUUCAGAUUUAAGGUAUGAUUAUGGUAAAUUUUAUGCUUCCAAAUCAUUUUUUGAUUAUGCUAAGAACAGGAGAAUAUUGUGGGGAUGGGUGAAUGAAUCUGAUUCUACACAAGAUGAUAUUCAAAAAGGAUGGGCUGGUAUACAGUCAAUUCCAAGGCAAAUUUGGCUUGAUAAAAGUGGGAAGAGAUUGGUGCAAUGGCCAAUUGAAGAGGUUGAAAAAUUACAUGACAAACAAGUGAGCAUUACUAAGGAAAACCUCCUUAGUGGAUCAACUCUUCAAGUCUCCGGCAUCAUUGCAUCUCAGGUUGAUGUAGAAGUGGUAUUUGAAAUAUCCGACCUAGAAAGUGCAGAAUGGUUAGAUCCAAAGGGUGUUGAUCCACAAAUACUAUGUAGCAAAAAAGAAGAUGGAUCAAGAAGUGGCAAAAUUGGACCAUUUGGUUUGUUAGCUUUGGCUUCAGAGGAUCUCAGAGAGCAAACUUCAGUGUUCUUUCAAAUCUAUAAAGCUCCAAAUAGAUAUGUAGGCCUAAUGUGUAGUGAUCAAAGCAGGUCUUCAUUAAGAGAUGACCUUGAUAAAACUACAUAUGGAACUUUCUUUGACAUAGAUCCUACUCAAAAAACAAUUUCUCUUAGAACUUUGAUUGACCACUCUAUUGUUGAAAGUUUUGGAGAUGAAGGGAGAAUUUGUAUCACCAGUAGAGUUUAUCCUUCUUUGGCUAUAGACAAAAAUGCUCAUCUUUUUGUAUUUAAUAAUGGGAUUCAAACUAUACAAAUUUCAAAAUUAAAUGCUUGGAGCAUGAAGCAAGCACAAAUUGGCUAUGAGAACAAUAUAAGUUGUGUUUGAAGAGAACCAUAGAACUUUAAUCCACAAAUUAUUGAGUUUUUUUUAUCUGUUUUUCUUUUUUUUAUUGGUCUAUCCACCAUUAUUGCAAUAAGAAGAUGAAUCUGAUGUAAGAAUUGGUUGUUCUUAUUAGAAAUUCUGCAUU